UUUGGUUCCUUUGAAAUACAAUUCUACACAAACACAAAUAUUCUCCAUUACCAAAACCAAAAAAAAAUCCAAAUUUUUGUAUUAUUAUUACUAUUCAAUAUGGUUAAUCCAUUUAUUUGUGGAUCUUUUCAUCAUCAAGAUGAUGAUAUGGAAUUUUUUAGCCCAUGUUCAACUCCAAAAAGAUCAAAAAAAAGUUUAUUUAGGUCUAGUAACAAAAAUAAUCCAUAUUCAAAUAGAGGACUUGAUAAAUUCUCUGCCCUCUUAGCUGAUCUUGAAGACAAGAAACAAAGAAUUUAUUCCGAAAUUGCCCCUGACGAUAUCUCUUUCGUACGAUUUGUUUUUUCGAAUUCCAAUGAUGCUAAGCCUAUUAUUGUCAAAUUGAAGGACAAGAAAUCGUCAAAGAGUUGUCAAGAAGAGAAAAUAGAGUCUACGAAUAAGCAAAUGACUCGUGAAGUAUACGAAGAUUGUGAAGAAGGGAAAGCUGAGUCCGCGGAAAAGAGGGUAAUAAAAAAGAGUGUUUCUAAGUGGAAUUCAAUGAAGUUGGAAAAUUUGAAGAGGCCUAAGUUUUAUUUGCCUUUGACUAUAAUAUUGAUAUUGGUAUUUUUGGCUAUAUAUGGAAGGUCAUUUGCAAUAAUGUGUACUUCAAUUGGAUGGUAUUUGAUACCUACAAUUAGAGGGGGAGAUUCAAGGUCAAGUGUAAGUACAAGAAAACCACAAAGGAAGAAGGAUUAUAUGAGAAGAUUUAGUGAAAAAAGUGUUGUUAGAGAAGAACCAAUUUCACCAACAAGUGUUAUGAAUGGACCAAGUGGUAAAUAUGACCAUAGGAAAAGUUGGUCAUGAUGGGGAAGGAAAAAAAUUAUCUUGAUCCUCUAAAUUCUCCCUUCUUUUUAUUGAGAUCGUGAUGUCUGAGCCAGUUUACGUACACCUUGACUAAUUUCAGAUGGGAAGAAUCAUCUAGUAUGUUUUGUCUCUACUGAAUUUUGAACACCUCACGAUUCUCAACCACUUCAUUAGUCUAGGCCACAUCGUUGAUUGGGAUCUUGAAAAUUGUGAUUUUUUUUUAAAGUUGACUUUAUUGCAUUGUAAAUUGUUUUGCUGAUUUUGAACAUUUGAGUUGAACUAGAAAUUUAGUCACUCUUUUGAUAUGUAUUUGUAAAUAAGAUGUUUUAGAAUUUAUGUUUGUUAACAAUAAGCUAUGCUCUGGUUCAACAGAAUUGUGUAGUAACUUUUUUUUUAGGGUAAAAUGAAAUGGUGUUUGUUUCCAUUAGUUUUCCGUAAUUACGGUGUUCGAUUCA